UAUAGGCGUGUACCGUGAAUGCUGGAUUGCCCUACUCACAGUCUCCUGCAGAUACAAGUCGAAACUGUCACGUACGAAGAAACCAGUCAAUAGGCUACUUCAGUCUCACAGGACUUCUGAGAAAUCAGGUGAGCCUCAGAGGUCUUGGUUUUCUCAACAUGUGUUGAGGAGCGGUAACUAACCCUUCCCUCAGGCCACACAGGACCGUGGAGAUGUUCAUCAGCCCUAGCACCUUGUUAAAAUGUGUCUGGUUCCAGAUACAUCUGACAUGUGCCCUGAAAACAUGUCCUCCAAUCUUACAAACCUCUUUGAACUUUUCUGCCACCUACCCAGUUUCCUUUUUCCAAACUGCAAACGCCAUACAGAACAUAGUAGUUCACGAGAAUUUCAAUGAGGUUUACGUGGCAUCACAAAAUGUAAUUGAAGCUUUGGACGGUCACUUCACCAAAAAAUGGGAAUUGAGAACCGGGCCAUUUGGCAGUCCAGAUUGUCAGACCUGUCAUUGUGACAUUAAGAAUGAGCCAGGAACAUCACAGGACACAGAUAACCAGGUUCUUGUUUUAGAGCCUUUCGAACAUUUGGACUUCUUGUACAAAUGCGGGAGCACCCAGUAUGGAGUCUGUACCCUACUUGAACUUACAGUUGGCAAAAGACUCCAUGACCCUACAUGUUUGUUUCAUAACAAUUCCAACUCGCCCUCUGAUUGUCCCGACUGUGUCGCUAGCCCUCUGGGUACAAAAGUCAGCGUGGUAACAGACGGGCAUUUAUCAUACUUUUUCACAGCAGCUACCAUCAAUACCACCAUAGCUGGAUCUUUUCACAAGCGAUCCCUUUCCAUUCGCCGCUUGCUGGCCACAGAAGAAGGAUUUGACAGUCAAGUGAAGGGUUUGACUGUUCUUCCUCAAUUCCAGGACACAUUCACCAUCGAUUACAUCUAUACCUUCUCCACACCAGAAUAUGUGUAUUUUGUAUCUGUACAGUGGGAGAGCCCACUGAAACCAUACGGCAGGUUGCAGACCCAUCUUGGGCGCCUGCCGAUCAAGGACAGCGAGCCUUGGAUGUAUAGGGAGAUAGUUCUGGAAUGCCGCUUUAAGCCCAAAAGAAGGAGAAGGAGUUACCGGGAUACAGUGUACAACGCAGUUCAAGCUGCCCACUUUGGUACAUCAGGAAAAGAGCUGGCCAAAGAAAUGGGAGUGAAGAUGGAAAGCACGUUUCUGUAUGGAGUGUUCGCCGUAACUGAUAAUGAGAGAAAUCCAACCAGACAGUCGGCCUUGUGUGCGUUUCCAAUAGAUGAGGUGAACAUUAAGAUUGAAGAGGGGUUCGACGCCUGCUGUUCCAAUGGGACAGAGCGUCUUACACGUGGACUGAGCCAUUUUCAGCCCUUUGAAAUGUGUCCUCAUGAGAAUGCAGAUAGUUUGGCAUGCAAAGCUCUUCCCACCAUGGUGUCAAAACCUUACUACCGAGUGGACUUAUUCAAUGGGCAGCUGAAAGAUGUGCUCCUCACUUCCAUUCUGGUCACUACCAUUGAGAAUAAAACUGUGGCGCACAUCGGCACAGAUCGUGGGAGGCUCGUUCAGAUCAUUCUGAGCAGGUCAAACCCUGUAAUGUUAGCCAACUACUCUCUUGUGGAAGAUAAGCAGAGAGUGUCACGAAUAGCUGCCGUUCUUUCUACCGAGCAUCUGCUUUUUGUCGUUGGAAACAAAUUACUGAAAGUGUCCUCCAGAGGCCCCGGCUGUGCUCACUUUCUCAACUGUUCAGUGUGUUUAGAAGCACCUACGUUUAUGGGAUGUGGCUGGUGCGGUGGAGUCUGUUCUCAAGAGUCACAGUGUGAGAAUAAGUGGAGUAACAACUCCUGCCCUCCUGUUAUCACCCAGUUUUUUCCCAGCACAGUGCCCUCCAAUGGUAAAAGUGAACUCACUCUAUGUGGAUGGGACUUCCAGUCGGCCUCCAGGCCUGCUAUCACUCAGACCUCACACCAGGUUAAAGUGGGAAACAGCAUCUGUACAGUCAUACCAGAGAAGAGCAGUAGCUCCCAGCUUGUAUGUCAGAUUGACAGUGAUGGCUCUGUACUGGACCAGAGUUUAAAUAUUACAAUAGAGGUUAACGAAAAGAGAGUGGAAAGUGGAUACUCCAUCUCUGGAGAUGCAAACACACACGGCUUGAGUUUUGUGACUCCAGAAAUCACAGAUAUCAUUCCGAACUAUGGACCCAAGAUUGGGGGAACCUUGGUCACCCUUUUAGGAAAACAUCUGGAUGCAGGUGUGGACAGAACAGUCCGACUUGGGGACAGAAUCUGCCCUGUUCAAAGCGUCUCCAGCAAUGGCACGUCUAUAGUUUGCCGGUCUGAAGGUGUGGAGGAGAUUAUUGAAGUAGAUGUGAAGGUUGUCAUUGAUGAAUCAACUAUUUCAGCCCCAAAAAUGUUCAACUACAGGGUAAAUCCUGAGGUGAUGGGGUUGAAACCCAGUUGUGGGUUUAGAAGAGGAUCAAAAAUUACUAUCACGGGCCAGAAUCUGGACUCUGUAUUCCAGCCCAUCAUAAACUACAGAGGCAACAACACAAGACCUGUGCAAGCUGUGUGCAUUGGGCAAGGGAACCCAAUACAGAUUGAGUGCAUGAGCCCUGCAUGCGAGGAGUCGAGUGGAAUCCUCACUGUGGAUCUGGAUGGAGCAAAGGAACUCAUGCCUCAAUCUUUCACCUGUCAUCCGAAUGCAGAGCCUAUUCCUUUCGAAACAGAAGGACAUGUGUUGGAGCUCAGCCCGGGGCAGGACGAAGUCUCAUUGCACCAAAAAAAACUGGGACUGGUGUCUGGUUGCAUGAACAUCUUCAUGACAAUUAAUGGAGUGGAUUGCAAGACUACAGUUUUGGACAAUGAGAUUACUUGCAGGAUUCCCAAAAAUAUGACCAUCCCCAGCCAGGGGGCGCCCGUCAAGGUGUUUGUGAAUGGGGAGGUUUAUGACAUUGGCAUAGUGGUAUUUACCAAAAAUAGUUACAUUGUGGGUAUUGUGCUGGGCAUUAUAGCUGCACUUGGCCUUGGGGCGGCUCUGGCUUAUGUAGUGAUGGCACAGAAGAAUAAAAUGAAGAAAGCUGGCCUCGCUGAAGUUCGACUGUCCAUGCAUUCAACUCGCACAGCGGCGGAGAAUUAUGACAGAUCACCUGAUGGUGACUACAGAAGAGGUCUAUCACCCUUCCGUGAUUCACGAACGACCUUCUCUAGUUUGCCAUACGCUGGGUCCAUGGACUCUGCAGCAGCUCCUAUGAUGCCACAGGUGAUCUCUAUGUCCUCUCUCCGACCACGUCUGCUGGAGGAGGUGAAGGAUGUUUUGAUCCCACCAAAUAAGCUUAAAAUUCAGCAUGACCAGAUCAUCGGCAAAGGUCAUUUUGGGACGGUGUAUCACGGCUAUUUUACUGAUAACAAUGACAAAGAGAUUCACUGUGCUGUCAAGUCAUUAAACAGGAUCACAGAGAUGGAGGAGGUGGAGCAGUUUUUACGAGAAGGAAUCUUCAUGAAGGCCUUCCACCAUCCCCAUGUACUGUCUCUCCUGGGCAUUCUGCUGCCCAGUGAUGGACUUCCCGUAGUGGUUCUGCCGUACAUGAAACACGGAGACCUCAGACAUUUCAUCCGCUCUGAGCAGAGAAAUCCCACAGUGAAGGAUCUGAUUGGCUUUGGGCUUCAGGUUGCCAAAGGAAUGGAGUAUCUCGCAAACAAGAAGUUUGUUCACAGAGACCUUGCGGCACGCAACUGCAUGCUAGAUGAGUCAUUCACAGUGAAGGUGGCUGACUUUGGCAUGGCGCGUGACAUUUACGAUAAGGAAUACUAUAGCGUUCAAGAUAGUAAAAAAGCAAAGCUGCCGGUCAAAUGGAUGGCAAUAGAAAGACUGCAGACUCAGAAAUUCACCACCAAAUCAGAUGUGUGGUCUUUUGGAGUAUUGAUGUGGGAGCUGAUGACUAGAGGGGCCAGCCCGUAUCCGGAUGUGGACCCUUAUGACAUCACUGGCUAUCUGAUACAGGGCCGUCGACUGCAUCAGCCACAAUACUGCUUAGAUUCCCUGUGGUCCAUCCUGCUCAAGUCUUGGCAUCCAGAGCCCGAGAAAAGACCGGACUUCUCCACACUCGUGAAAACCAUUCACUACAUCCACUCCAGUCUAGAGGGGGAGCACUACAUCAACCUCCAGGUCACCUAUGUCAAUCUAGACCUACCGAGACCCUACCCCUCUCUCUCUCCACCCGUCCCUACACUAUCAGAGCUGUCCUGACUCUAGAUUUCUAGAAUGAACUGUGUCUAAUAUAGUUGCCUUUAUCUGCUGGGUUCAGAAACGCAUAUGAUCCUAUAAUGUGUAAGUGACAAAGGAAAUACACAGAAGAAAAUUCUUCGCUCAUCUGAAAUGGUCAUGUUGUCGUAACUUGCUUACUGUUGGUCACAUGGACAAGGUGGUGUCAUAUUUUAAGGGAUUUUAAACUAUUUUUGGGCAUCUGCAAUUUGUAGGGAAUGUCAGGCUUGAAUGUAGUCUUUAUUUGAUACUUUUUUAAAACCGUAUGGAAAUGCAUUUUACACUGGAUAACAACUGAACAUCAUCUGUUAUUGCUCACAUUUUGAUAUUGUUUAAGUAUAGCAAUGAGGAAAAAGAUACUUGAAAUAUGGUUUAAUGUUUCAUUAUAUUUUGUAUUUUCUUAUGUAUUAUUUGUUCAAUGUAAAUAAAUUGAUUUAAAUGAUU